UGCAUCUUAUAUUUAUUAACUUUUAUCAAAAUGGUUGAAUUUAAAUAGAAUUCUAAUACAAAAAUAUAGAAGUGGUGUAUUUCAAGAUUUCAUAGUUGUAUCACUUUUAGUAUCCAAUGUCACGCACGUGUAACGUGCGAAUAAUAAGGAUCGAUUAAGAAUUACUUACGAGGUAUGAGCGCAAUGUAUCAUCGAUGAAGAAGCUGAAAAAUAAGUCGGAUAGCGUGAGAGGCGGGCAACCGAGCAAGACAGGAGCAGUUGCAGUUGCAGUUGCAGGUGCAGGUGCGCCAAAUGCAAACGGAGAUGCAUCGCCAACCCGUGUCUGCAGAGAUUUUCUACGAAACGUAUGCCAUAGGGGGAAACGUUGCAAAUAUUUGCACGAACGUUCCGAGGACGAUCCCGUAGAGGAGUAUACGUUUUGUCAUGAUUUUCAAAAUGGUAUGUGCAAUUGGCCCGGUUGCAAAUUCCUUCAUUGCACAGAAGGCGAAGAGAAAAGAUUCAGGGCGACUGGAGAGCUGCCUGCUCAUAUAAUGACCAGGCUGAAAAAUAACAAUGAGAAAUCGGAAUAUCCUAUGUGCAAAGAUUUUAUUAAAGGUAGCUGUCAAAGGACGAGCUGCAAGUAUAGACAUUGGAAAAACGAUGAACAACAGCAUAAUUUAAUUACAGCUUCUCAUCAUACUGUGUCUAGGCCACAGCAUAAUUUUAAUGGUACUAGUAACGGUGAGAACCGCAGAUACGAAGAGGAUAGAAAUUUUCACUGGCAAAUGGACGAUCAACAUAACUUAGUGACAAACAAUGGUUACAAUGCAUCGUCGCAUCCACCUGAUUACAUAGGACCUCCUGAACCAAAAAGGCGAAUAGUUUCUGGCGAAACUGUUGUUCAUUUUGAAGCCUCGCCCCUUGUAGGACAGCAUGCCCCGCAACCAGUCACUCCAGGUUACUAUUAUCCGAUUAUACCGCGCAACGAGGCUAGAGCAAUCGUUUUGGAAGAUGAAAAUGUAUUAUUAAGGAAGAAAAUAGAAGAGUUGAAAAAGCAAGUUAGCGAUUUAACAGCGACUAACGAGUUUCUUUUGGAUCAAAAUGCUCAGUUAAGAAUGUCUGGAAAACGAACUGCAAAUGUAACUGCUGUUACAGUGCCUGCAGUUACUAUUACAAAUACCGUUCCACCGUCGCAAGCUCCGACUCCUCAGCAAAUGGUUAAUGCAGCAGUAGCUGCUGGUACUCUCCGUACAGUUACUGCAAGCGUUGCGACUGUACCUGUAAGUAUAGCCACAGUCGCACCUGUUUCUAUUGCAGCGGUCUCAAUGGCACCGGUAUCUAUACCUCCACCCAUCGUUACGAUGGCUCAACAAACGAUUACAAUGAGCGGUUCAGGUCCACAGGCAACUAAUCAACAACCACCUAAUACGCAACAACCUGCCAGUUUACCUUUAUCAAUAUCUGGUGCCACUGCGCCGUUAGUUUCUUACCCGAUUAUGACUCAAGAACUUAGGCCCGUGUUGCAGUAAAUGAGAAAGAAACAUCUAAUUAAAUAAUGAAGAAAAAAAGCUCAAGUACAUAAAGAGAUGUUCUGUGCAUCCAGUCUUUCAAACUAAUACCGUUUUAUUUGUAUUGUUUCUUUAAAUAUGAAUGGUGAAUAGAAAUAAUGCAGAGCAUAUAAAUAAAUAAAUACAAGAAAAUUAUAUUCUUUAGAGAAAUACAAUGUUGAAAGUAUUCAAUGAAUAACACAACAUCCUAGGUCUUUAAGUAGGAAUUCAUAGAAAUUAUCGUGUCUCUUAUUGAAAUCACUCAAAAGUAAUAUGUACUUUUGUUCCCGUUUUCACUGAUUUGCCUUGUAAAAAGAUAAUUUUUCAUUACAUUAACAUAUUGUACGCAGCACGAUACAUGUCCAAAUUAUGUAUAAAAGACUAAUAAGGAUGUAUCGAUCCAAAGUCAUGUAAGGUGGUUAAAGAUGAUAUUCUCCUAUUCCUUUUGAAAUAUCCUGCUGAUAUAAAGGAGAUGAAAAAUUUUGUAGGUAAAUUUUUGUAUUAUUAAAAAAAGAUAAUAGAUACGACUAAAAAUUGACGUCGUAAAUGAACUUAGAUAAGAAUCGACUCUUUUAGGCUAACAUAUUAAGAUAAGUACAAAAUAGAAUGAAUUCUGAUAAAAGUUAAGGUUUACCGCUGCUUUGAAGAUAGCAGUAAAUCUUGCGACUGUUCUGUACGCGAUGCUGUAAAUAGUAUUCUCUGUUGCUUUCAUAUUUUGCAAAAACAAUUUUUAUACUUACAUUUUUUAAUAGAUAAGUUAAUUAGUCUUAUAAAAUAAUGUUACUUUAAUAAAUUAAGUACUUGUCGUGGUCUUUUGAGUUUUUACAAUUUACUUAAGUAAACGGCUGUGGGUUCAGCUGGUGGAAAAUAUAAACAAUGAAUUUAAACCUGACCCAUAAAUGAAAAAGCAGGUACACAAACUUAUGCGCAUAUUUGCUGUAUGUACAUAUUUUAUGCAAUUAGUAUAAGAAAUUGAGCAAUAAGUACUCGUGUAUUUUAUAUAUGCAUACAAAUGUAUAAUCUUUUACUUAUAACUUUAUGUUAAUAAGCGUACAUAUUAAAAAUACUUGCCAAUUUGGUAAAUAAGUUGAUUCAUAAGUAUGAUAAAUGCAUUAUUGAAACCAAAACAUAGUCUGACACCAAUAUUUAUAAUCAUUUGUACAUGAAAAAUUGUUAUGCUGUAAUUGAUAAAGGUCGAAAAUUUUUGUUUCUUAUCCAGUAUACACCUGCUAAUAAAACAGUACAACAAAA